GAAGUGGAGCUUAUGAGGUUAGAACGGAAAGUUAGGCUGUCACGUGAUACUGAUCUACCUAUCAGCUGAGGAUCAUCACUAGUUGCUGCUGUCAGUAAGUCAAUUAGUCAGACUCAGUCAUGGCCAGCCAGUCCGCCGGUAUCCAGCAGCUGCUCCAAGCCGAGAAACGGGCGGCGGAGAGAGUGGGCGAAGCUCGGAAACGGAAGAAUCGGAGGCUGAAGCAGGCCAAGGAGGAGGCACAGGCUGAGAUUGAGCAGUAUCGGCUGCAGCGUGAGAAGGAGUUCAAGGCCAAGGAAGCUGCUGCACUGGGAUCCCAUGGAAGUUGUUCCGAAGAGGUGGAAAAAGAGACCCUUGAGAAGAUGUCUAUCAUCCAGGUGAAUUACAAGAACAACAGAGAGGCUGUCCUGGAGAGUGUGCUGUCCCUCGUGUGUGAAAUUAAGCCUGAGAUCCACAUCAACUACAGAUUCAAUGGCUAAUGCUGGCUAUGAGCUCUGAACAGUCUAGCCCUCAUCUUAUGCAUUAUUUAUGUUUUCCAAUAUAAUUAGAACUAGCUCUUUAACUUAAGAUGAGGGUUUUUUAGGACAAGUAAAUUGGAGUGUGUUUGUGCUAUGGGUCAGUAACGCUAGGAAUGAAAGAGUUAAUACUUGUGAAAGAGAAGCCUUCCCCAGAAUCAGAUAGGAAUGGGUGAAGGGGAAAUAAAGCCUGUGAUUGGUUAUGAAUCAGAGCAUCUCUUCCUGUUCUAGUGGCUAAGUUGCUUCCCUCUCCAGUUUUUGUUCUGUUUCUAGAAAUAAAUUUUCUUAAGUUUGGUA